AUGUCAAAACAGUUACCAAGAACAAUUUCAGCAUGGCAGUUAAUGAAUUUUCUUCGACCUGGUUCAUCGCCAUCAUCAACAACAGCAGACAUCACGUCAGAGUUACACUUAACCAAGACUAGACGAAUGCCGAGUAUAGUACGUCCAGAUCAAAUUCUUAUUAAAGUGAAAGCAGCAUCAUUAAAUCCUGUCGACUCACUACUCAUCUAUGGUUAUGGUUCAUCAAGUUUCAAUCUCCUAAGACGUUUCACAUCAACUUGUGGAUGCCUUGGUGUACCAAAUAUCGAAAAUACCAUGACAUCUGAAAACUCCGGCUUCCCUUUUACACCUGGUCGUGAUUUCGCCGGUGAAAUAGUCGAUAUAGGUCCAGAUGUCAAUUCAUCCAACCUUACCAUUGGUACAAAUGUAGCCGGUGCUACAUGGCCUUUUUUAAGUUCUACAGGAUCUGGUGCUUUAGCUGAAUAUAUUACCUGUCCGGCCGAUUAUGUUGCUCCUCUACCUCGUAAUGUAUCUUAUGUGCAAGCAGCUGCAUUAGGCUAUGCCGGUCUGACUGCAUGGUCAGCUUUAGUCGAUACUGGUGGAAUACGACCUGUUAUUCGUAGAAUGUCUCAGACAACACCAACACCAGUAUCAACAUCAUUAUCAAAUAAUUUAAUUCUAAUAACUGGUGCAACCGGUGGGGUUGGAUUUAUUGCAGCUCAGUUAGCUAAAUUAUGGGGUUGGCGAGUACAUGUGACUUGUCCAGGUGAUGAUAAAGCCUUGGCCUUGAUGAAGUCUUUGCAAGUUGAAGAAAUAUUUCCUUAUCCAACAGAAAUUCCUAACACAUUAAAAUAUGAUUUGAUUCUUGAUUGUAUUCGACCGGAGUACAUCAAUACGGCGACACCAUUCUCCCCCUCGUCGCCUUCUUCCGCCUCCUCGACCUCAUCUUCAUCAACAGCCAAUAAACAAUCCUCCAAUACUCUACUCAAUAAUAUUCUCCCGUAUAUCCCACCUACUCUAGCCUAUUUGAAUACCUCUUCAAAUCAAUCACGUUAUAUAAUGCUUAAUCCAGCCUUAUUACACUUAACUGAUUAUUGGGGACCAUUUCUUGGCACGGGGUUGGCGUUUACCCAGUUGAUAAGUACAAAGCUGGCGGCGACAUUCUCUGUCAAAGUCGAUAAUAGCAGUAAUAUUACCGCAUUGAAUAAUUGUAAUCUAAUACGUUGGGCAUUUUUUAAACCAAAUCGUAAUGCUUUACAAGUUAUGUUAACUCUGCUAUCGAAUGGACAGCUAAUUAUCCCAAUAGAUACAGUGUAUAGCUUUACUGAUGUACCAAAAGCCUUCAAUCGAUUGUAUGCAAAAGGUGUACGCGGGAAACUUGUCAUUGAAAUGAACAAAUAA